UUCACUCCGGCGUGAGACGCGUCAUGGCUCGCAGGAUGGUGUCUCUCCUUCCUCGCUGGCGCUCCCGGACGUUCUCCGUCCACCUGGAUGGAGACCGCGUUCACUUCAGGCUGCAGGAAAGUCCGCCGGCAGGUGACGCGCCAGCGGUGUUCGGGGCCGUGACCGCGACCGAGAGAUGCUACUCUCUUCUUGUUUACAGCGCCGACCGCAUCCAGAAAGCUAAGUUCUAUUCGGGGCUUAAAGACAAACUUUUAGCCGGUUUGCCACCGCAGUGCGACCUCUCUCAUAUGACGUCACACGUUCCUCAUUCGAGAGAUUCGCUCCUCAAAGGCUACUUUAUCAAAGAUUCGUCCAAGAAUUCCGCGUCGACGGAGCGAUUCCUGGAGCAUUUGCAGCAGCACGACCCUGUUCUGGUCUGUUCGUACUCGAGGGCUGCAGAUGAUGGAGCGUGGACUCAACAGCUGUGGUCAGAAGAUCUCACCAACACAUCCAAGUGCUUCCACUUGGUCCCGACAGAGGAGCCAGAAUGUCAUCCCUCGAUCCUCAACAUCAUCAACUCGGACGUUUUCUACAGUUUCCAGGAGGCGCUGAACAUUUUGAAACAGUGCGGUGACAUCAUCCCAGAGGCGACGUCCGUGCUGCAGCUCCUGCCCAGCGGAGUGGAGUGCAGAAGCAAAGCAGACUUCCCAGUGAUCGUCUUAGAAGGCCUGGAUGCCACAGGUAAGACCACUUUGACGGAGUCUCUGAGGGACACUCUAGGGGCCGCGCUUCUCUACUCCCCUCCCAAGUGUCUCUCUCCCUGGAGGGCCCGCUUUGAUCAGGAGCCUCCCCUGAUCCGCCGGGCCUUCUACGCUCUGGGGAACUACAUCACAGCACAGCAAAUCGGCCAAGAGGGCUUGAAGAGACCUGUCAUCGUCGACAGGUUCUGGCACAGCACGGCAGCGUACGCCAUCGCCACAGCUGUGGACGGGCCGGUGUCGAGCCUUCCUCACCAGGGUUCUGAGGUCUACCUCUGGCCCGGGGAUCUGCUCCAGCCGGACCUGGUGGUCGUGCUCACUCUGGACCCGGAGGAGAGGAAGAGAAGGCUGAAAAACAGAGGGCAAGGAGCGACCCAGGAGGAGAACGCUUUGGAGCGUGACAGGCUUUUCAGACUGAGGCGAGAACGGCGCUCCAGCUACAACAAAAACACGAUCGAUCAAGCUCGUGAAACAAACAUGAGGCAGACGGCAAAACUGCGACAUUUAUGAGAUCCGUUCAAGAUGGCCACUUGUUGUGUCGACGGUGAAGUGAGGUAACCGGUGGUUGGGAGACUUAUUUUGAUUCAAAGCCUUUUAGUGAGCUGCAUAUUUAAACUGAGCUCAACAAUUUCCUGUGUUAUUUCACGUUUUCGUAAGUCAAGGGAAGUCAUGAGAGAAGCUACACCUACAACAGGUUGCUCUCAUCGGUUUCUUCUUGCCACAGUGAACUUAAAGUGAGUAUAUUAGUGUAAGAUUUGACCAAGUUUUGUCGGACAUUUAGUCGCAACUCUCCGUAUUUACACCUCAUUUGGCUGAAAACGGUUUUCUGCUUUGGCCCCCGAAACAACAUGGCCGUCAUCAACAAGAGAUUUUCUUUUGAAUUGAAUUGAAGUAAUAAGUUAAGUUAAGUAUAUUGUGCGUUGUUGAAGUGCCAAGUAAGUAAAUCUUAUUUUAGCUAUUGAUGUAUUAUGUAAAUAAUGAAUACUACUUCAUGUCCCUACAUUUUUUUUUUUAUUUAAGUCACAUGAAUGAAGUGGUGCUAAUAUAAUAUAAUAGUUACAUAUUAUAUAGAACAUUUAUAUAUAAUAUCUAUUUUUAAUAGUUGCCUUUAUUUUCAGUUUCGGUUGAUAAUUUUUCAGUACGUCUGAAAAAUUAUCGGUAGUUGUAAACUUCUGCAAGGUUGCUGUACAGAGUAGAUCCUGCGCUGCCACCACUAAACAGAUAAAAAUAAUGGAAUGUGUGUAAUAUUUAACUAGAAACAGACUUGGAAGUGCAUAAAACACAAAAGAAAAAUCAGGCGGCUGGGAAAAUGGAGAAGGACGAUCAUAUAAACAGGUGCCGAAGCGGGAGCUAGAGAGGUUAGCAACACUCAUGCUAACUGAAGUAAUGUUAAUAAAGAAUAUGCACAGCUUGCGGUAUUAAAAAUGAAUAAAAAUCUGACACAAAUACUACUCAAGAGAAAGGACCAGGACAGUAACACAUUACACAACAUAAACAUGGCACAGAUACAAGAGUAUCAACAUCUAAGUAACUCUAAAAAAUGAGGAAGUGGCGACUAAUUCAGUCGCUUCAGAAUAUACGACUGUAGCGGGAGAGGACCCAAGCUAAGUUGCUGUCAUCAACUGGAAGAAGAGGGCAGAAGAGAGUGACAAGGUACAAUGAAGACGAAUCAACACAUAUUGUCCAGGAUAAUUGACUGUCAGACUUUGUGAGCGCGGGAGUGCUCAGAUGACCCUGGGCUAUUCAAGGUUUUAUAUUUUGUUGCUUUUCUGCAUGAAGCUUUAAAUUGCCACAGUUAUCAAGGUCAGUACAAAAGUGAAAACUCCAAUAGAAGCCGUCACUAUUUGCACAAUUUCUGUUGUCCGCAUAAGCUGUUGAAGUGACAUGUCCAUGAACCCGCACAUUACUUUUCACUUUAAAAAAGUUUUAGGAGUUCUCUGACUGAACCCAGGGACGACUCACUAAACCAGAAAAUUGUUGGCGGAACUAUCAAACAAGAGAUGGAGCUUGAAAAGAAGAGAAAAUGUAAAAGGUAAAUAAACAUUUCAUAACAUACAACUAGAGUGCAACUACAACUAAAAGUGCUAACCGAGUCGCCAUGGCAGUUCACAGCGUUGCAAUAGUAGGUGGCUCAUGAAUUUAAACCAACAUAGAACAAACUGAGCAAAAACGGAACUAACUGAACUCAACUGUUCUAAUAUAAAACGUUGCUACCAGGUAGAAGUGAGUGGCUAAAAGGGUUUUGAGCACAUCACAUUUACAUUAUAUCCGCAAAUAAGGGUCUCCCUGGUACCACAUCUCUGGCACCCUAGAAUAAUUUCCGACAUCUAAUGGUGCAGACACCUUUCAAGAUCCAAGGUGAAUCAUCAUUAUUCAGUGUCUGUUCUUCCUUUCUUCCCUUGCACCUUUUUCAAUCUCCUCCAGUUAAUUCCCUUGUCCCUCCGUGGCCACUGCGCUCUACCUGCGAUGUGCCAUCACACGCACCUCAGGAGAGCCAUUCCGUCCCUGAAUGGUGUCAUAAUUGGUCCGCUUCCCUUUUUUUAAUAGCCAGCGCCACAACACCUCGCAUGCGGUGAUGGUUGAAAGUGUGUGUUUUGCGGCGCUGUGCGCGCGCGUGUGUGCGCAUGACACCUUUGUGACUGCAUGGAUGAGCACGGGCAGAUGUGCCCAGUGGAGCGGAACGGCUUCCCGUGUGCGACGACUUGGACGUUAAUGCGAUGGCGACAAAACUUCCUGCCUUUAAUUAAAGACGGUGAAAUCCAGCUAUUUACGACAGAGGCAUUGAUGAGAAAACAGAAAGGUUUCAUGCUGGGAAGAUGAGAAGAUGGAUGCGGGAGAUGGAAUUUAAGAUGGACUUGUGCCAGACUGGGGCUUCAUUCAUGUGUUCAUGUUUGUUCACCUAUGUGAGACAUCACUGUCUUUUGGCAUUUCUGGUUUGCCAGAGCGAGUCAGCCUCCUCCACCUUGACCUACCUCCGAGUCAAACCUAUCCUCUUCAAGCACUCCUUUACCAUGUCCGUGGACGUCACUGGUUAUCUUCCUCUCCUUUCUUUACCUGGUCCCUCAGCUAUUAGUCCAACACGACCCAUGUCUCUCCUCCUCAUUUGUCCGAAUCUCCAUAACUUUACCUUCAAACUUCUCCAUGUAUUUGUUUUGGAUCAUGUCCUUUCAAAACCUCUUGAAUGGUGCACCAAAAAAAAUGAAUAGACCAAAAUUAUGUUCUCAUUCGCAUUGUGUAGCUCACCAACACAAAUGUCCUCAAGUAAAAGCCAUGCAUUUGUUUCCUUCCCAGUUUCAGGGGCAACAUUUGACCACCAUGAAAUGGUUGAAAACAUGGCAUAGAUAAAUAUCCCCAACUUGUUUCUAUGCACCCAACCUUUGCCAUUUGAUAUCCAUCAAUAUAUUGGCACUUUCCCCCUGGGGUUCUUGGAUCGCCGGGACAAUAGUCUUGGUUUUCAGAACCUCCUCCACACUAGUUCGAAGACACAGGCCGAAGGGGGCUGUGACAUCAACUGUGCUCAAAGUAAAAUGUGUCUCGCAGAUCACACUGCAAGCAUUCGACGCAGUAUAUAUAUAUAUAUAAAGAAGUCUUUCAACAGCUCCACAGACUCACAAGAGAUGGACAGGUUCGAUGUGAUGGAUGGCCACCGACAGGCGAGAAAUGCCAUGGAUUUGUUUGUUUUGGCAUCAGUUUAAUAUCCAAUUGUUACAAUGACUAAUGUUACGACUGACCCCACCGCCACAUUUCCUUCAUUCCAUAUUGUCCCUGUUUAAAUGCAGAAUCAAAUAGAGGCUGCGAAAGGGCGUUCGCUUCUAGAAUCUGUCAUGGAAAGGGCCAUAUAGAUUUUGUUGCAACAUUUAAUUCAAGGUAAAGUGAAGUAUCCCUUUGCAUUUCCUUUCCUCCAUUGCUGCCUUGGCUCGUAGUAAACUUUCCACAAAAGUUUCACCGAUGAGUUUGUGCCAUCAUCCGACCAACUGACCGGCAUAUCUGACCCCUCGGCUCUUUCGCUACAUCAUGCAUAUUGAUGCAUUCCCCAUUCCAGAGCUGCAAUUACAAAAUAAAAAUAAGAUAAGCGGCGUAAAGGUACACGGGUGGUGUGUCCUGCUCACACCACUUUACAGUAUGCGGUGGGUACGUUGGACCCUUCAGCAGUCAGCAUUGAUCGACUUCCCUUCCCUGGACACUCAAUGCGGCGUGACCCCUUCAGCAACCAGCCAGUAAUUGAUCCUGUUGUACUGCUGUGGAUUCCCAUGACACACCGCCUCUACAUGUAUGUGCGGGUGUCUGCUACAUUUUCUUUCGACUUUGCUCCUAGCAGCAGGCGCCACCUUCCUAACCUCUCCAUUCCAUCUAGAAUAUACCCAAAGGCCAUUCUGUUGGCCAGAGCUGAGUCUGUACUUACAGCGUAUACAAUUAUUUUCACCCUCGUCUUGGCUCCUGCCAUUCACGCUUUACCUCUGCUGUGAAUGUAAAAUAUUUAUUGGACAGAGAAGUUUUGGGCUAUUGUGAGACAUACAAAUAAUUUCUACAAUGUUUAUACUGUUGACCAAAUGUUGUAACAGACUUAUAGGUGUCAAAGGAGAUGUGUUGCAUGUAGAACUGUGAAUUGUUUGUAGGGUUGAGGUGCGUGUGUGUUUGGUGAUCACUCCACCAUAUUCAAUGAACCUUUGACAUAUUUUUGACAUGGUUGUAACACAUUCACUCUCACUGUAAAUUUUUGACUAUUCUCUUUUGACCGCUGGUGUUUUCUAGUGACAGGUAGAGGAGGUGUCGUGAAACAGUGUUGCAGGGUUGAUGAAAGCAGCAGAAAAUCGGGAGAGUGUUUCAUGAAACCCAACACUUCAAUACUGUUUUCUUAUUCGAUGUUGCCAAAGCAAAGCAAGGAAUCUGAGGUGAGCCGUGAUGCCCUUACUUGGGCAUCAUAUACUGGCGAUCACACGCAGACUUUUGUGGAACAUUUUGACACAUGGGAGUUUCAAUGGAGUCAAAGGUUCUCCUUCCUGUGUGCUUCACUCGUGCUGCCAGCAAGUGCAUGCCAUGACAUGUCACUGAAUUUCAAGAGUGAAAAUUUAAGGAGCUUUACCUUGAUAUUUAAAGCCUUCCAAGUGAGAAUGCGUUCCAGUCUUGGAGUGUGGUCACAAUUGUGGUCUUAAUUUCACACUGUUACAUUUUUAUUUUAUUUAUUUUAGCAGUUUCUGUUGCCCUUCUCAUCAUCCAUGCGUUUUGAUAUAGAUCUGUACUUUUUAUUCUCAGUGAAAUUACUCUUAGCCUCUUCUUACUACAAUGAUGGAUUCUUUGGCACGUUUUUUCUCUUCACUCUGUCCUUGAAUCUGUUUUUUCUUGUUUCUCUUUUGUAUUGCUUUUUGCAUUUUAUAAUAUUAUUUCUACUUUUAUUGUGAUAUGUUGGGUACAGAGCAUGUGACGAAAACAUUUUGGGAUUAAUAACGUUUUCUGAUUCUGAUUUGUAUUCUACAAUGAGAUGCCAACAAUAACAAUUUUAUAUAUUUUUUAAAAUAACAAAAACCAUUGGUGCCUCUUUAUUUGUUAGUUUUUUGAUCGAUUAUUGCAAUAGUGUCGUAUUUUCAUUCAUGCUUAAACUCCCUCCUCCCUAUUUUCUCUCUGUUAAGUUUCCCUCAAAAUGUUCCCCUGGAUGAUCAAAUAGUCCUAUGAUUGUACGUUGAUGAAAGUAAAUCGCAGUCCUCAGAGCUCUUUCAGCUUCGCCACACUUGAUUGUCUCAGCGUUCGGAGCGACUCACCUGCCAUGAAAGACCUCAUUUCCCUUCCAUUCUGUUGGAAACUGACAGCAAGGGAGGCGAAAGGUGCCAAGCAACUCUCGCAUUUGGUGGAAGAUUAGCAGCUGCCAGGAAGCUUCCAAACAGUUCCCAAAACACAUUCUUACAGCGUCAACACAUCUGCACGCAUCGACGGUAACACAUUCAUACGCACGCUCAUCCGAAAACUUGUGCAGUUGGAAUUUCUUUUGGUCUCCGGAUUUGCAAUGCAAAGUGCCGCGGGCUUCGCCUCUGCCAAAUUACAAGCUCCAUUUACCAGGCUAAUUCAUGGCUCAUAGUCCUCAAUGAAAUUUAUUGCCGUGGCCGAGCCCCUGCCAAACCAAACAGGAAAGACCUCACAGAUAACCAUAAACCUGGCGAUGGAAACCAACACCUUGAAAUAACAAACUUGUAACCAGGACUCUGUUAAUAUACUUCCUUUCCACCCGUCUGUCUCUCUCUAUCGGCCUCUCUUCUCGCUCCACUGUCUCGGCUGACAGUUACUUGACUGUUUCACUUCACCGUCUCUGUGGUGAUGGUUGUUAGUGGGGGGAGAACCAGGCGUGCAACCUUUUCUUUUUGACCGCAAUUCACUGUAUGUUUGUCAGCAGGCGUGUUUGUGGUCAGUACUGUUGUACAGUGAAUCCACAGACGUUCCUGUUUGUGUUGGUUCCUGUUUAAAAAAUAAACAGCAUCGAAUAAAAGCACUGUUAAAAUCUCGACAUGAACUUUCUAUAUGACUGAUCCAGCAGGAUAAAUCGUCUGCCCAGCAACUGACAGACUAUAGGUUCCAAUCCAGAGAGCACCAAUUGCCUUCCCUGGCCAGCUGUCACCAUUCCUGUGGCUGCAUUGUGACGAAGGUGCUGAAAGGUGUCCAAAGGGGACCUCCGUCAUGUGGCUGGAACACUCUGUCAAGUCCUUGCAUCAUGCUGAGGCACUUAGUGGCAUUGUCCUUGGUGGGUCUAUUACAGAAGGCUGGGAAUGAAAACAUGACAAAACAUCUUGUGAAGGGGGUUCAUAAAUAUUGGCCGUGACAAUACCUGAGUCCAGAGGGGUUUGAGAUACGGAUUGGCCGCGCCACAUUCUUGAUAAAUAUGUAAGAUGCUACACCUGAAAGUUAUUACAUUACAAUCCCAGACUAUAACAAUGAAAUAAGUGUCUAACACGAUGAUAAAUGCCUAUAGAUCUUAGGCAAUACCCAAUCUCCUGAGCCAAAGUCAGGUGGAUGGUAUAAAAACGCUGUAAUUUUAAAGGCUAAGGUUUUAGGUGGCAGAAUAUGAGUCUCAUGAGAAUGUUUUCAUUUAUUUGUUGCUCUUUUUCUGCCAUUUUUUCAGGGAUCUGUGAGGGUGAAAUCGGCGAUAAACACACUUUCAGACAAAUGACUGUAGUUACCAUAUAUCCUGUGAGGCUGCCGCACUUCGUACAAUGCCUUAAACAUGCUUUUUAACUUACAAGAAUUUUCGCCAUUGAGAGAAAGUGUAUAAGAAUAUUUGCAGAGAAUAUUGUCCCUAUCGUUGCGCUGCAACUUCCACGAUCCCGUCACGAGAGUAUUUUGUAGCUUUUAAUUGACAAAUCAUGGUAAGUUUCCUGUCAUUCGAUCAAAGAUUAAUACACAUAAUCCAACAUUGUGUUUAGUCAUAACCUUGAACCUGACAUAACCUGAAUGUAGAAUAAGGGAAACGCUAAUGGGGGGUGGAUGAGGCAUCAUGAAACAGUAUUGCAGGGUGCAUGAAACAGUGUCCUAAUUUUCAGAGGCCACUAGAUGGCACACUUAAAGGAAAUGACGUGAGGUUUCAUUGACUCAGUUGUUCGAAUCCAAACAUUUUACUGCUGACAGUGCCAUCUGGUGGCCUCUGAAAAUCAGCAUAGUGCUUCAUGAAACCUCAUCUACCCAUCACUGAAGAUAUCAGGCCUUCAGUUCGGUUGUGCAGUGGUAUAUGAAGUUAUAAGCAUUCCAGACAUCUUCAGUGUAGCUCCAUCCAAACUUUGAAUUGGAUGUCUUGUUUAAUACUGAAUAAAAAAAAUAAAAAAAACUAGAAUCAAUCCACAAACUUUGACUCGCAUAAAUGCAGAACCCAGACUCAGCCGAUUGCCUCCAUGUUGCACCACAUGAGUAGCCUUCCCCUGCAGAUUUCACAACUACCUUUCGUUUGCAGCGCGAGCUACUGAGACAGAAAGAGAAGACUGACACGUUGAGCAUGAAAAAUAAAGCACUUUUUUCCCCUCUCAUGUUUACAGGCCAGUGUUGCAAGACUUUCCUUCACUUCUCGUGGGAGUGGCUCUCCACCGUAGGAAGAAUCAGUGUAUCAAUCAAACAGAAGGGUAAAUGAGACACAGAGGAAGGCAAACAUAGCGCCGUUGCUAAUUGAUCGAUAGCCUGUUCGAGGAAUUAAAAAGGGGAAGGCCGGCUUCAUUAGCACAAGGUUCUAAAACCUUUAACUGCUGCUGCUUUCCAAGAACAUCGCCAAAGGGCAUUGUUUGAAAAGAACAACGGGAUAAGACUGAAAGGAGGAAAGAAGAGAGAAACCUUGAUUCAGAGAUGGAGGGAUUUAUACUGACCCUGGCUGAAAUGCUGCUCAAACUAAAGAGCUGAAGUAGGUGAAGGCGUUUUGAAUGUUACAAGCCUCUAUAUGUUCGGGCAAACUACAGAACUGGUGAUAACAUGGUGUAUAAUGUUAGCACAUGCGACUCACAAAGUUUGAGAGGUGGAUUGCUUCCUUUUAAAUUGACUCAAGCUGAGUGAUGGGUUGGUGAGGUUUCAGGACACAGUAUUGGAGAGUUGGCGAGGUUUCAUGAAACAGCGUCCUGAUUUUCAGAGGCCACUAGAUGGCACUGUCUGUUGCAAAAUGUUGGGACAAAUUCAAUGGAACCUCAUAUCAUUUCUACACCAAAAAGCGCAAUCUAGUUACAUCUGAAAAGUCGACCACUGUUUCAUCAACCCUGCAAUACUGUUUCAUGAUACCUCAUCUGACCAUCACCAUUGGUCCUGAAUGUGUUGUUGGCUUAAAAGAACCCGCGCUCCACAUAGUGCUACAGCUAGGAGGGUAUUCCUGAGACAGGUCGAGACAGGGCCAAAUAUAAACUGUUGACUGAGUGUGGGAGGUAAUCGGGGUGGCAGUAGAAAACAUGCGCACAUGGAAAGCAUUUAAAGUCCAUGGAGAAAAAGUAAAAAAAAAAAAAAGGCACUAGACAUUUUAGUGCUAGACACUUUAGCUAGCAAAUUACAGUGGCGCAGAAAAUCACAUGUAGCUGAUGUUUCUUUCUGUCUGUCAUCUGAACUCAAGGCACCGAGAAGAAAAGUAAAGUUGUCCCAAGAAGGUUAAGACAAAUAGAAAAAGGCCACCCUUGUUUCUCCACUGUCCAGAUGCAGAUUUGCAUCAUUUGCCGUUGCUUAGUAAAGAAACAAUAACCAAAAAGUGCAUUUAAACGGUGUCCAGAAAAUAGUUUUCCCUUAAGCAGUUAAACUAAUAGCAUUUUUUUUUGUAGACAACCGAAAACAUUGCAAGAUUGGUGACCCACAUGGGUCUCAAACGGUCAUGUUGAGAUAUGUCCAGGACAGUAGGCUUUUGUGUGGUGUUACGAGUACUUUAACUAUAAUCCGUAAAGUAGCUUCCAAAUAUCAUGCAAUUGGGCCACAUAUAAAUAAGACUCCGCAGCAGCUGAAACCAUAUUUUCCACAGAGGGUGGCCAUUAGGAGUGAAGAAACCGGACUGGGUUUAACUUGUCAUCCGGCUUCAAAGAAGAUUGUGUGGGCCUCUCGGAAGCCUCCCCGGCUGAUGGAGAAUUAUUGAUUGUGUGUUCAGAUAUCUUGAGGCACUGGUGUAUAACACUGGGGUUUAAAUUCAGCCCUGAUGCACAGCCCAUGCAUAAUUUAUGUGGUUCCCAUCAAAAGGUAGUUGCAAUGCAAACUAAAGAGGUCUCAAGAAGCUUUUGUUGAAAGUUUUCACACAUCAACAGGCUCAAUGCCCGGUGUGAUGGUUUCUCAGCUUCAUAUCACAAUGUAUGGCGGGGAAAAAAAUAUCCGUUUACCAACAGAGUUCUGUUGCUGUCUUGCUCUUCCCAAGCGAAAUAACCACCAUAACUCAUGAGCUGGACCUUCUGAAUGUGUGGCGUGUUCCUUUUUUGUGGCUGUGGCUGAUACAUUUUUAAUGAAACUGUGUGACUAUUACACGACGCAGUGUUAUAGGUCACACUAUUUUUAUGUCCCCUUUCAUGUAAAGCCUGCAUUCAUUUAUUGAAUAAAUAAAGGGCCAUUCAUAUAUUGAUCCGUCUGUCUGCAUUGACCACUGCUGCCCUUGGCUAUUCUUUUCCUCGCUGCAUAGACAUUUAUUUGAAUAGAUAGGUGCAUUUCCUUGUAAGUGUGGAAAGGAGUGAAAAAAUAGGGCUCGUUCACAGGGAUAUUAGACGAAUAAAUCUGCCUUGAGUGGUCAGAUUCCUCUUUAUUUAUGGUCUUAUGGGGAGAGACUUUGAAUGGAUGCACACUGAUCUUGCAGAUGAACUUCUUCGGUAUGGCUGUGACUUUCAAGCUUUGUUUCUCCAGGUUACUGAAAGGAUUUGACUUGUGAGGCAUCAUGAAACAGCAUUGCAGGGUUGAUGAAGCAGGGACCAAAUUUUCAGAGGCCACUAGAUGGCGCUCUUGGUUUAGAAAUGAUGUGAGGUUUCCUUCAGUUAGUUGACUUGCCACCUGGUGGAAAAUCAGGACGCUGUUUCAUGAAGCUUCAUCGACUCAUCACUAGAUUUGAAUAAGGCAAAUGGGCUCUGUUUUUUUUCUACUUUAGAGUUGAUGAUUUAUGUUUGCUGUAAAAAAAUUGAGAGUUUGUUGCUCGUGAUCCUCCGUAGCAGCAAGUUUUGACCGCUGUGUGCUCACCAUUACUCAUCUCAAACUGGACAAUGUAAGGCCUCCAUGCUAGUUGCAAUUCCAGAACUUGAACCAGCUGUUUUGUUCAGACAGGAACAAGUAGGUCAAGGCCCGAAAAAGUCGGUUCUAAGAAAGUUGGUUCGAGCUUGCAAGCCGUGAUGAAUCGUCUGUGGGCGCGUCAUUUUCAAGAGUCAUGUCGGCGAAAUACGUCGGCACCUAUACACACGCACUUUGUCAUACCAGGUGCCUUCGACUUGUCUCCGUCAUCAUCAAAAGGCGUCGCCUGAAAACAAACACAUUCCGUAAAGCAACUACCUGUGGUUUUGACUCUAUAGUGCACUAACCACUUUAGUUCUGCUUGAACUUGCAUGAACGCAGUUUCCGAAAAGUGCCGUUCUCGAAGAUGCGCUUGUGUUUCCCGAUGAGCAGAUGAUGAUGUCAGAACAUAUACUGAGUCACGGACUGUCAGAAAGUUUUGAUGAUGGGAAAAGGAACAUACUAUUAGGUGGUCUGGAUCCAGGGAAUCGUUGAUGGCAUUUGAGGACUCGUAAAACUAUCUCUCUGAUCCAAAGUGACCUGAAUAUUCAUCGUAUGUGAAUUGCUGUUAUCGGAUCUGAUUCCCAAGAACACGGAAGAAUGUCAACUGGCUCCUGCGGCAGCGAUUUGCUCUACUUAAAGGAGCAAUUCAAGAUGACAAUAUGUCGAAAUUUGCUCCGGCAAUAACAGGUAGGGAAACUAGGCACGAGUUCAACUCCUCUUUCCCAUUUCCUUAUUUAUAUGUUCUGCUCAUUAUGCCCCGGUGCCUGUCUGGCACAGCGGGACGCAGGGUUUUGACAGUGCCCGUCCUCAUUACUGCGCUUGCAGUGCCUGAAAGAUGAGAAGCAUCCUGACAUCCAGGGCUGAUUCUCACCUCCAUUAACACCAGCAGGGGGUCGCCAUGAUCUGAUUACAGAAGAGGAUGAAUAAGGACGGCGGAACGUUGGGAAACAAGAGGGGAGGUGAAAGAGGAGGAAGAGAAUUAGGUGGGAUCGAGGACAGAGGAAUGGACUAAAGGUGAUGAAGCGAAGGAGAAAGAGAGGACGGAAAAGGGGGCCGCA